AUGCCGCAGCUGGAACCGGCAGGGGGGGACGACUUGGGGGCCCCCGACGAGCUCAUCGCCUUCCAGGACGAGGGCGAGGAGCAGGACAAGGGCGCGGGGCGCGGCUCGGCCCACGGGGACCUGGACGAGCUCAAGUCCUCCCUGGUCAGCGAGACCGAGAACCGCGGCACCGGCCCCGGCCCCAGCCCCGGCUCCGACUCCGAGGCGGAGCGGCCCCCGCAGCCCCGGGAAAGUUUCCAGAAGCCGCGGGACUAUUUGGCGGAAGUGGUCAGACGACAGCAGGAUGGGGUUUUUUUUAAGGGCCCCCCCUACCCCGGCUACCCCUUCCUGAUGCUCCCCGAGCUGGGCAGCCCGUACCUUGCCAACGGAACGCUCUCCCCCGGCGCCGCCCGCACCCUCUUAAUGGGUGACAUUGUCCGAGGGCUGCGGGGCUGA